AAUAUCACCUAUUUCUGUUAUCGCCCGCGAGAAAACAAUUUCUGGAACCCUUGUCGAUCAUUGGUAGUUCUUCUCUGUGUAAAGAAGCUGUGUUUGCCGAAGUCAAAGCUUGUUGUUAACGUCUAUGGGGAUCUAGUGACAUCAUCGCCUGUAAGUUUACCAAGUCUCAUCAGUUUCAAAUAA